AGCUAUUGCAUCACAUGCGAGCUGGACCUGCAAUCUGCACCAGACCAGACCGUGUCUCGUCCCACGAACCUCCCUAACACCAACCCUCGCCUCGCCUCGCCAGUCCUCCAUCGCGACAUCUCCCGCAACGCAACGGCGUGAGGAUGUAGCUCGAGCUCGACUCGACAAGCUUCAGGGUCGUCGACGACGCCAUGGCCUUCCUAUUUCCCGCCCCACUCGAUCAUCGAACCCAGAGGCUCGACGACGAUUUCCUCGCCGCCGCCGCCAGGGGUCAAGCCCAGCGCAGCACGCGAGCAAACCCUAACGAUGCUGCUCUUGCUCCUAUCCAGGGAGAAUUCCAGUCUCCAGCUCAGCUGCAGGAUGGAGCCGUCGAGGCAGUGCCUCCGCUCCAGCAGCUGCCUCCAAUGCAACGGAAGCAUCUUGUCUUUGCAGAUCCAAUCGCAUUCCGAUAUCUAGAAGACGACAGUUCUGUGACAGUGGUCGAGCGUCGCGCCGUCCUCUGCGGAUACGAAUCCUACCUUGUCGAGCAAUGGGCUUGCUCGCGGCAUUCCCCGACCCUCGUCAUCACCACAUAUACAGGCGAUCAGAAACAUUCCAUUCUAGUCAGCGUCCUAUCCGUCCCAGCGGAGGAGAGUCUGUGGCCUGUGAAACUGCGUGUCUAUUUCAAAGCUAUCCAUAAAUUCCAUGCGCGACCCAAGGAGACAUCGUUAGGAGCGCUCAUGGUGACAAAUCUCAGCAGCUUUCCUUCCGCCCUCACAGUUAUCCUCGUUCCGGAAGGCGAUAUUCGGAAAUAUCGCCAAACAUUCAUUGUCAAUGAGGAUCUCAAAAGGCUCGGGUGCUCGGGAAGGUCAGGUCUGACGCUCAAUGAUCCGACAGAGACAACGCGAGCCAAGUUCCAGCAACUUUACAAAACCAGCGACCGAAUCCCGUUGUCCCAGGCAGUCAUGGAGUUGAUCAAGUUGUGCCAAGUUGCGCUGUACAUGUUUGAGAAGCUUGAUCAUGAGUACAUCGACGGGUUGCUCUGUGACAUGACUGAGACCGCCAUCAACAAUUGGUGGACCGAGGUUGGAGCUGAACACUACAACUUUGAGCCUACCGACGGUAUUUUGGGACCCUCCACCGUCUCCGCCCUACUUGGCAUGUUGAUGGGAGCAAGGAACCGUCUCCACUGGUAUGGAGUGCAGGUCUCCAAGGACGUCUUCGACAUUGAUAGCACGAAACGUGGCGUCGGCCACUUUCAAAAAUCACAGAAGCUUGAAAAGACCCGACGGUUGGAUCGCCAGACACUCCUCAGACUCUACAGCGUAUCGGCUAAAGCGGCUGCGGGCGAAGGUUGGGGUGUCCAACGAGCUGUCAAGUCGACCGUUACCGAAAUUGGUGGCAAGAGGGGUGAGCUUGUCAUGGGCAUCGUCUCUGGAAAGGACAAGGGUGGGCUUGCCGAUAUUGAGACCUUAGACAUCAACAGGUUCGUUAGCCUGGCAUAUGGCGAGCGACCGAAAUGGUUGUGGCAUGGCAAACCAAGGCGAACCCCUACCGAGGUACCAAACCGCACACCAGAACUAGGAACUGGGAUGGUCUGGAAAGAAGAGGCCGACAUCACAAACCCCAAACGACUCAAUUUGGCACCCACCGAGGAGGAGCCGGAGCUCAAGCGAGUCGAUGAGUCUCCAGUGAUCUAUUCGGCGUAUCCUCCUGGCUCCGCGAUUAGUAUCAGCAAGAAUCCAAAUGACAAGGAUGCAUUGCCGAAGACGGUGUUCAAAAGCGUCGCAGGCAAAAUGAGCGAUGCCCGUUCUGGACUUGGCCGCAUCAAAGAUGCCGUGGGAGGGGGCUUACGAGGCCACAAUGCUCGACCAUCUGUUUCUACCAGAGAGGAGUUUGUGGAUGUUGCCUGCCCUAUUGGCCCUGGUGGCACUGUACAGAACUCUUCCUUGGUGGUAAGUCCAACGCCUAUGGUUGGUGUGAAUAGGGCCUUUACAUGGAAGAACAAGCCAGAAGAAUACCUUGCUGCCAUGAGAAGAGGCGAUACUGAUGCCGUCUCUGGCCUCCCCCAGACAUCUCAUUUUGCCUCUACUUCAACGGUUGAUUUCAAGCCGAGCAGUGCGCCUGGUCUUGAGUCUCAGAAACGAACAGAGCAGGAGGGAGAGCUGGUCGAUUUUAGCGCCGAGUUGCUCAAGGAUGUUCUUUCCAAGGUACCAUCCGCUGUAGGGUCCUUGGUCGACGAAGCCGAUCUCCAAGGGCCAAUACUUGAGGUGGAGGUCAAGGCGAAACCCAUACAAUUGGGACUCUCCCGGAGGCACAGCAUCCAUACUGCCGGGCCCCCGAAAAAGCACGUCCCAAACGAGAACCGCUGGCCUCGCCGAAUGUCGUUCGGUGACGCCGAGGAAGCUGUCUUGACUUGGAAGCAGAUCAUUGACAUCACCAAGCCUACGAGCGACCUUGCGAGUCUCGAGGCCUAUGCCGAAAUUGCCCAGUACUUCAAUGAGCAUAUCAACAGCAUUAGGACUGAUAUUGAGCCCUGGGUCUCCGAGAAACUCAAGGUUGUAGAGCUCCUCGAUGAACGCUACGACCAGGACAAGGAAGAACUCCAAGCUCUUUACGAGCAACUCAACGAGGCCUGUCAGCGCCUCCGGGUUAGUGCGGACGAGGUCCUCUCAGAGCAACGAGGCCACCUUACUGAGGGCCUCAAGGAGGUUGAGGUCCUCAUCGCCAAGCUCGACUACGAGAUCAAUGCCCUACUCCAAAAGGUCAUCGAUGUUGAGGACGGCAUUAUCACGUUUGAGAGACAGGUUGAGGACAUGGAGCAGCGAGCUGAUGCACUCAAGGAUCAGCUCGAAACGGAAGGCUGGCUGCAUUGGGCUUUCAGAAGCCUGACGGGCAUUGGAACAGGGCCCGAUAUUACGCGAUCGAUGCUAUAAUUAUCUACAUCAAGCCAUGUAGCACUCCUUGGGAUUAUUUAGCUUGGAGUUUUGUUUGGGGCGAGGGUCCAGUUUUCUUCAAAGGAGCAGCGUAGGAUUAGCAUAGGAUACCAUGGAAGGCGUUCUUCAUGUGAUGUAGACACAUCUAAUAGAGG